AUGGCUGUGGCACCCCGGGCCCUGGCACUUCUACUGCCCCUGGUGCUCGCCCUGCUCAGCCUGGCUCCGGCGCCCACCUUGGGAGGAUGUCCGUCAGCUUGCCGGUGCUCUUUUGCCAUGCUGCAGUGUCUGGAGCCUGAUGGUAUCACCGGCAUGCCGAUUCUGGCAGUGCAGGAGAGCGAGAACGUGACGGAGAUUUACAUAGAAAACCAAGCAGGCCUGGAGAAUAUAACAGAAUUUGAUCUUGUUAACUACCGAGAGCUGAAGAACCUCACAGUCACAUCAUGUAAGCUGAGGCUCAUCUCUGCCAAUGCCUUCCAAUACAACCUCAAGCUCCAGUAUGUGAACCUGGCAUCGAACUUUCUCGAACACAUCUCCUGGAGGGUGUUUCAUUUUCUACCUUUGCUCAACCUGGUUUUGAGGGACAACCCUCUCGUUUGCUCAUGUGAUCUCUACUGGCUGCAGCAGUGGCAGCGUAGUGAACGCGGCGACCUGGACAACCAAAUGUUGUCUUGUUUCUCUGACAACCAGGAAGUACCCCUCAACUCUCUGGUGAUUGACAACUGCAGUCUGCCUGUGGUGGCUAUUUAUUCCUCCAAAGACAAGAUUCAAGAAGGAGGCAACCUGACAUUAGAAUGUGACGUGACAGGAAGUCCCACUCCCAAUGUGAGAUGGCGAACUGAUGAGCUCCACUCUCCCUUCUUUACGGAGGAGAGAAUCUGGGGCUCCACAUUAAAGCUGAUCCUGUACCUCGCCAACGUUUCCUCCAAAGACAACCUGCGCAAUCUCACUUGCGAGGCAGAGAACCAGGCUGGGCCCAGGGAGGAUAUGGUGCAACUGGACAUUGAGUUUCCAGUCAAAAUCCUCUUCCUGAGAGACGCUGUCCAGCAGCAUUUUUGGUGUUUCCCCUUUGCUGUGGACGGCAACCCUGAACCAAACAUCACCUGGCUGUACAAUGGCAAAACACUGAAGGAGACCCCAUAUACAUACACCCAGUUCAUCACCGACUCAUCAGACGGAUCAGUGAAACACGGUUGUCUCUUCCUCAACAAGCCCACGCACAUCAACAACGGCUACUACACUCUGAUUGUGCAGAACAGACUGGGAAGGGAUGAGGCCACCGCCACUGGCAUGUUUAUGGACAACCCGUUCGACCCGCUCGAUCCUGAGGGGAUCAUUCCUGUCCUUGAUGUGGAUCCAAUUCCCACCAACAAAUCAGACAUGGAUGUCACAGAGAACCCAGAGAGUCGAGUGUUUGUGGUGUCUGUAGCUGUGGGUCUUGCUGUGUUUGCCUGCACUUUUCUCCUCAUCAUGGUUUUGGUCAUUAACAAGUGCGGCCAGCAUUCCAAGUUCGGUAUUCACCGUUCAUCAGUUUUGGGUACAGAGGAUGACCUGGCCGUGUCACUUCGUUUCAUGAACUUUGGAACCAGCCCGCCUUCCUCAGAUGAAGACUCGGGUUUAUCCAGCUUUGUAGAGAAUCCACAGUACUUCUGCGGCAUCAUCAAGGACAAAGACAUGUGCGUCCAGCACAUUAAACGACAGGACAUUGUGUUGAAGUGGGAGCUGGGUGAGGGAGCGUUUGGCAAAGUCUACCUGGCAGAGUGUGCCAACCUGAGCCCCGACAGCGACAAGAUGCUGGUCGCCAUCAAGACUCUGAAGGACGCCAAUGAGUCGACCCGGCAAGACUUCCAGAGGGAGGCGGAGCUGCUGACGGUGCUCCAACAUCAGCACAUUGUGCGAUUCUAUGGUGUCUGUACAGAUGGAGAGCCACUGGCCAUGGUGUUUGAAUACAUGAGGCACGGAGACCUCAAUCGCUUUCUCAGAGCUCACGGCCCUGAUGCUCGUAUCCUGGAGGAGUCGAAGAUGCCGCCGCUGGGUCAGUUAACUCUGCCUCAGAUGCUGCACAUUGCCGCCCAGAUUGCCUCGGGCAUGGUCUACCUGGCAUCACUGCACUUUGUUCACCGUGACCUGGCAACCCGCAACUGUCUGGUGGGCGAGGGCCUGGUGGUCAAAAUCGGAGACUUUGGCAUGUCACGAGACAUCUACAGCACAGACUACUAUCGAGUGGGUGGACGCACCAUGCUGCCAAUCCGCUGGAUGCCCCCGGAGAGCAUCAUGUACAGGAAGUUCACCACGGAGAGCGACAUCUGGAGCUUUGGCGUGGUCCUCUGGGAAAUCUUCACCUACGGCAAACAGCCCUGGUACCAGCUGUCCAACAGUGAGGCCAUCGAAUGCAUCACGCAGGGACGGGAACUGGAAAGGCCACGCACCUGCCCCAAGGAGGUGUACCUGUUGAUGCAGGGCUGCUGGCAGAGAGAGCCCCAGCAGAGGAUGGUCAUCAAGGACAUCCACAGCCGCCUGCUGGCCCUGGUCAAGAACCCACCCGUUUACCUGGAUAUCCUGGGAUAA